AAACGGGUGUCCCGGGAAUCUUCGGAGCAGGCGAUCCAACUCGCCAAGUUUUUGAACGAAAAGGGUGCCGUGAUUUACACGGCCUACUGGUGUCCACACUGUGCCCGGCAAAAGGAGUUGUUUGGACGACAAGCGUGGUCACUGAUAGCCAACGUGGAAUGUGCACCGAAAGGAUACAACUCCCGGCCCGCCGUAUGUUUGGCGAACCAAGUCGACGGCUACCCGACCUGGGUAAUC